GUUUUUGUCUCGGGUCGGGUUAGCUCGUGCAUCAUUCCGUGGUCGAGCCUGCAGUCGGAUUCGACGCUUGAUCGGCGAUUGGAAACAAAGGACUUGCUGAGUAGGCCUGACUGGUUUGCUGCGCGGGGAUUGUAAAUUUGGCAGAGAUUGUCUCCGUGAUAUCAGCUUACUUUGUUUGGAUCCAAGAGAGCUGCUGCAGACAAUGGCGGUCUUGAUUGAUGUGACCAAAUCAUGCCUUGAUUCCAUCACCCAGGAUGUGGUUGAAGAUUGCUUCCAAGAAAAAGUUGCUUUGAAGAUUCUAUGCAAUGUUAUAGCUAUGAGAUUAGGACUUCAUCAUUUCUCUUUGCUUAAUUCCUUUUUCUCUCUCCUGUGUCUCAAGAUGGCUGAACAUUUGGAGGGUGCCAUUAUUUAUCUGGAUUCCGGAUGCACAGAGAGCUUUCAAUUUGCUGGUGCAUUUCCCGUGUUUCUCGACCUUGGAGUUCGAGCUGUAUGCAGCCUUGAAAAUAUGUCUUCUCUUGAUGCGGUGGUUAGUUGGAACUCGAAUGAUGAUGUUGCGACGAAGAUUGUGGUUUUCACAUCUCGCUUCCUCAGCGAUGCACAUCGGUAUAUUUUACGUUGCCUGAGCAUCCAUGAUAGUGUUCAGAAGUGUACAAUCUGUACUUCUAUACCAGAGACAUCUCACUCAGCAUAUCCAGAUUCACCGCUGGGACCGGAUGCUUAUCAUGAGUAUGAAUCCUUGCUUCUUCAAGAUUUUGAGGAGCUUGUGAAGAAAGGUGGAAAGAAGUACGAACAUUCAGAAGGUGUGAAACUCCAGGAAAGUUUAAGCUUUGAGAAUAAGGGAUGGGCGCAACUCUCAUUCAAUGAAGAGGAUGCUAUGCAUCUUGAUAAAAGUUCAAUCAGAAGAGAGAUUGGAAGUAUAGGCCCGAGAUUGGUUGUCUUCGUACAUCACUUCCCCAUGCUUUUGUGUCCUUUAUCUCGUAGAGUCUUUGUACUGCCAUCUGAGGGAUCAGUUGCCGAAGCUUCUUUAUCAGCUGAACAUGAAGAUUCUAUAAGUCCUGGACUACCACCCAUCAGUACUGGCGCGCUUGCCAAUAGCGAUGAUGUUCCCCCAGGAUCACUUCUUACUGCCCAUUUCCUUUACCAUUUAGCUGCAAAGAUGGAUCUAAAACUGGAUAUUUUUUCCAUGGGUGAUUUGUCACAAACAGUAGGCAAGAUUAUGACGGACAUGUCAAGUCUUUAUGAUGUAGGCCGCGGGAAACGUCCAGCAGGGUUAUUGAUAAUUGAUCGAACUCUUGAUCUCCUUACUCCGUGCUUCCAUGGGGACUCACUUGUUGACCGGAUGUUCUCAGCUUUACCCCGUAGGGCAGGAGUAUCUCAUUCUCACAUGAGAGACUCAGAGAGCCAGCUCAAACUUCAUUCUCCAAUCCUACAACGUGCUCCUCUUGAUGUGAAGAUACCACUCACAGAAAUAUUAGAUGAAGAAAUUAGGGAUUUUCAGCUCAUAGAAAGAAUUGAAGCUUUCUUAGAUGGCUGGGAUAUCCACAAAUCUACUCCUCCAAUUGCUGAUGUGGGUAAUAUCUGCAGUAAACUUCGGGAUGAAAAAUCUGUUUCUUGUGUGGGUCAAGUGCUUAAUGGAUCCGUUGUCUCUACUGAAAGUUUUCUUGGCACGGCAUUUAUGGAGGCCAUACUAGAUAGAAGAACAAAAGAUGGAGCAUUGUUGGUGACAAGGUGGCUGCAGCAAACCCUGCGUCGUGAAAAAAUAGACGUAGGUUCUACAACUCGUUCCAGCUUUGUUUCAUCUGAGGUCCGGUCCAUGAUGAAAGCACUGGCAAAAAGCCAAUCUGCAAUUGUGAGAAACAAAGGACUUAUUCUGUUGGCAGCUGCUGCAACUGCUGCCUUUGAAGAGUCGUUUUCUACUAGAUGGGAUGCAUUUAUCAGUGCAGAGAAAGUACUAACUGCAAGCGCUGAAGACACAAGUCAGAACCUGGCUGCUCAAAUCGUUGAUCUUAUUAACAAGAGUGGCUUAGUUGAGGCGAGUGAUCCGAAGAAGAGAGAAAUGCAAUCCUCGCAAGGAUUAAUUUCUUUUCAAGAUGCUUUACUGCUCAUGAUUGUUGGAUACAUGUUGGCUGGCGAGAAUUUCCCUACAUCUGGGUCUGGGGGUCCCUUUUCUUGGCAAGAGGAGCACUUCCUGAAAGAAGCUGUUGUGGAUGUGAUUCUGGAGAAGGCACCAGUUUCAAAGAUAAAGUUCCUCGGUGCUCUGAAGGACGAGCUCGAGGCCAACGUUGGCAGAAAAAGAUGCGGUGAUGCUGCUGAAUCAUCAGAAGAUCAGUUAGACAUUGAUGAUUUGGAUGAUGACCAAUGGGGUAAGUGGGGUGAUGAGGAAGAAGCAGCCGCUGACAAUAAUAAUAAACAACAGUUGUACGACGACAUGCAGCUGAAGCUGGAGUUGCGUGAUAAGGUGGACACCUUUUUUAAGUUCCUUCAUAAGUUAUCCAUGCUGAGGAGUGUUCCAUUGAAGGAUGAUGCAUUCUCUGGAGGAAGUGAUUUUGGCGGUGAGAUGGAUUUGAACAAAGGGUUAUUAUCCAAGCUUCUAACUAGCGUGUUGAAAAAGGCAAAACCAAUCCUAGGUGAGCACAAGGUCAUCAUGGUCUUUGUCGUUGGGGGCAUCAAUGGUGUUGAGGUCCUGGAGGCUCAGGAGUCAUUGUCCAAAAGUGAAAGGACAGAUGUACAACUCAUUCUUGGUGGAACGACGAUCUUAACGCCGGAUGAUAUGUUUGAUUUACUGAUCGGAGAAUCCAGUUACUUUUGAAUCUGUCGCAAACGUGGUUCCCAUGUCUAUUUCAGCUAGUCUCUCGUUUCUUUUUGCUAACACAAACGAAGACGACUUGUUCUCUAACUGCUAAAAGUAGCCAAAUUGCGCGCAGCAAUGCCGUGGGAAUACUGUUGGUGCUAUAGUGAUAAAGAUCUAACCGCUAAAUGUUUAGCAGCAUCCAUGCAUUUGAUGUUGUCGGUUCUGUUUAGUAUUAUGGGUUUUGAUGUUUGGAAUUGCUUGACAGUAAAGAACAAAAUAAGUCUGACUAUUUUUGUUUUUGUUACAAAAUAGCUACUCCAGAAUACACAACAAAGAUAAUAAGAAGAGUAACUUACUCUUGUAAUUUGGACUGCAAAUGGUGGGUGAUAAUUUCAGAA